AGUUAAUUCCGUAUUCUUUGUCUACUUGCCCACACGCCAGUUUUUAAACGUUUAGAUGACUUUCGUGUGUUUGUUAGUAUUUUAAGUAUUUUGCAAAUGUUUGCUUUGUGCGAUUUAUUUUCUUACCAAAAGUGCCGUUGAACAAACAAUUAUAGAAAUAUUUACGUGGUUAGCUUAAGUUUUGUUAAAAAAUAGUUUUUAAGAACAAAUUUAAGUUGCAAGGACCAAUUUAUUUAAACGCAUUAAACAAAAAAUAAUUACCAAGGAGUUAGCGCUUCGUAUAACCGCAAAGCUGGAGCUUACGUAGCCAUCCGCAGGAUACGACCUAACCAGCGGAGCCGUUGGAUCGUUAUUCAAUACAUUAAGGCUUAUAAAGCUGCUAGUUCCUUCGUCUGCUCCACUCAUGACGAGAUUUAUCCACUGAGGACACAAUCGUGUUUGCAGUGACGCCAAUACGCCUUUUGGCACAUAUGUAGCUAAAUGUCGACUGUCCCUUUGGCACGUUGAAAUCUUUGCCACCAACUCCGUGAUGAUAGCCUCCCUCCGCAAGAAACCGUAAAACAGAGGAUAGUUGGAGAACUGGAGUUAUGGACGACGACCUGGCUGAGCUUGUGCUGUCUUCAAUGAAACUAAAAACAAAGCAUUCCAGCCUGGUAAUAUCGAAAAUAAAUAACUUGCCCACUAUAAAAAAAAACAACAAAAAUACUAACAAACAGCACACCGCUCAUACAUACAUACAAAUAGAGUGCAAAAAUGUCGAAAUUGUGGGCCGCUCUUACUCGACGAAAAACGGAUGAUGUCGUGGAAAACGAUUCGAAAUUGGCACGCGUACUCAAUAUCUUCGAUCUCACAGCGCUCGGUGUAGGCAGCACGCUUGGUUUGGGCGUAUACGUGUUGGCCGGGUCAGUUGCAUAUAGUCUCGCUGGCCCCGCCGUGACGAUAUCCUUCCUCAUAGCUGCCGUUGCCUCUGCUUUUGCUGGCAUUUGUUACGCGGAAUUUGCAGCGCGUGUGCCUAAAGCAGGCUCUGCCUAUGUGUACAGUUACGUAACAAUUGGCGAAUUUGUAGCCUUCACAAUAGGCUGGAAUUUAAUAUUGGAGUAUGUCAUUGGCGCAGCCGGUGUCGCACGUGGCUUGAGCGGAUACUUUGACGCACUGAUCGACAAUUCUAUGUCAACUGCGCUGGAAGAAGCAAUGCCCAUCAAAGUGAGCUUCUUGGCAAAUUAUCCAGAUUUUUUAGCUUGCGGUGUAAUACUGCUGCUGGCGGCGCUGCUUUCCUUCGGUGUCAAGGAGUCCAGCUUUUUGAAUAAUAUUUUCACAGCAGUAAAUUUGAUCACUAUUGGCAUAGUUCUAGUUGCUGGUGCUUUAAAUGCUAAUCCCGCUAAUUGGACCAUAUCAAAAGAUCAGGUGCCCGAUGGUUUUGGUAAUGGCGGGUUUAUGCCAUUUGGUAUUAGUGGCGUAUUGGCUGGAGCAGCAAAAUGUUUCUUUGGAUUUGUAGGCUUCGAUUGCAUUGCUACUACUGGAGAGGAGGCAAUUAAUCCGAAACGUAAUAUUCCGCUCGCGAUCGUUAUUUCGCUAAUUAUCAUAUUUUUGUCUUACUUCGGCAUUUCAACGGUACUUACGAUGAUGGUGCCUUAUUUUGAGCUGGAUAGAAAUGCUCCAUUCCCCAAAGCCUUCGAUGAUAUUGGCUGGUACUCUAUCAAAUGGAUUGUCACCAUUGGUGCAGUCUUUGCAUUAACCACCAGUUUACUGGGUGCUAUGUUCCCUAUGCCACGUAUCCUAUAUGCGAUGGGAAAUGACGGCAUCCUUUUCAAGAAAUUGUCAAAAGUACACAAAUACACUCAAACACCACUAAUGGCAACCAUAGUUUCUGGAUGUUUUGCUGCUCUAAUGGCGCUUCUCUUCGAUUUGGACCAAUUGAUUGAUAUGAUGUCCAUUGGUACACUUCUGGCCUAUACAAUUGUGGCGAUUUGUGUGCUGGUGCUGCGUUAUCAGGAUGGCGAUAUGGAUAUGAAGACCGUUUCCAUAAGCUGCCCAACAGUUAUACGCCAAUUCUACAAUGGCAAUUCCUAUCGGGAACCAAAUUUGCUUACCUCACGCAUUACAAAAAUUGCCGUUGUACUGUUUGCUUUGAUUUGCAUCGUUUGGGACACGGUGGAGUCUGUGUAUAGCAUAAAGUCUACUGCUGGCACAGUGACGUUGAGCAUACUUGCAGUGGUACUCAUAUUGAUUGCGAUCAUCAUUGGCAUGCAGCCGAUCUCUCGUAUUGAUUUAACAUUCAAAGUGCCGUUUGUGCCGUUCAUACCCUGCCUUAGUGUGUUCGUGAAUAUUUACCUAAUGUUCCAGCUGGACUACCAAACCUGGAUACGUUUCCUAAUAUGGGUGUGCAUUGGCUAUGUGAUUUACUUCACCUACGGUCUACGCCACUCCACACAGGUCACCCGUAAUCGGAAUCACGCUGAUGCAGCGUUGAGCAUGCAACACACAAACCAGGCAUUUGAGCCGGAUUGGAAGGUGGAAAACGGUGUUGAAAGGGUUGCGGAAAAGCAAAAAAAUUGAGUAGAAAUAUUAGUUUGGCGAAAAAGAAGAAAUUCAUUAUUUUACUGUAAUAAACAGAAACUUUAAAUUCUUUCAUCGAUACUUUACGAGGUAUCGACCACUACAGCCAUCUAUGAGAAAAUAAGGGAUUUCUUUUGCCCGAACUAAUAGUAUUGUAGAUAGUGUGAAUUGUAUAAGUAAACAAUAUGCAGCUACAUUUUUUAUGAAAAUGUCUUCCGUACAUACAUAUAUACGAGUACAUAAGUAUAAAGCAAGUUAAUUGUAUGCAGUUGCUUGUUUGCUACUGCAAGAUCGGUUGCCAUCAGCUCCAUGCAUGGCAUAGUAAGCUCCAAAUUUGGGCAUUUAAGUUGAAGAAUGCCAACUAAAGUAUAGUGGACUAAACUCUGUGGUUUGUACAUACUUGCAAAUCAGUUUAUGCCUUGAAUUCUAUUUAAGAAGCCGUACUCAAUAAUUUAAUGGAACGUUCCUUAGAGUGAAAAAUGACAAUAAUUACUUUGAAACCGGAUUCAUUUCAAUACAAAAACAGAAAGCAAUAUUUCCAAGCCUAAUUGUGAUAUAUGAAAAAUGUCUGUAAUUCUGGCUGCCAAAUCUUCAACUUAAACUAAAUGUGAAGUAUUUAUUAAUAACAAUUUCAUUCGUCCGCAAUUUUAACACUGUGUGCAAAAAAAAAAUAUUAUUUUACUUUCUUACAUAUUUGCUUUUUUCUGUAUUUUUAAAUUUUUGUCCAAACUGUGCUUGUAAUAUUUUUUAACUUUUAUGUUUUAAUACUUUUUCUACAAUUUUACUUGCUAUUUACGUUUAAGAAAUAUUUUGUUUUUUAAAUUCAAUUGAAGCUACAAACGUGCGAGAGAGAUGAAUAGAUUGCGCAUAAAAGCUUAACCUUAUUUGCUGCACACUAAUAGCUUAGACAGACGGUGGCGUGUUGUUGUUGUUGUGGUUGUAGCAGCAAAAAUAUUUCCCAUACAUGAACGGGAAAUGCUGCUGGAGCGACACUCCUUGACUGGAUAUAAAUACAGAUCGUUCCAGCUACGUAGGGUUCGUCGGGGGGAACGUCGGUGGCAUUAAUCGCGAAUAACGACUUAAUACGGAAUUAUCUCAGUAAUUAAGUGCAAAUAAUGCGGAUCGACAGGUAGACUUAAUUCUCAUAAUUUAAGCGGAUUAGCGAAAUUUUCGAUGGCAACUUUGCCGAAACGAACGACAACUAAUAUCUGCUGUGAAUGAAAAUAAGCAAAAUUUUGAAACGAAGAGCAAGGGAGACUUUAUCUAAUGCAAGUUUGCAUUAACACUUUUGAAAUUUCAUCAAAAUAAUUUUUUGAUAUUUCGGCGCAGUUUGCGAAAUUGGAAUUUGAAAUUUUUUUAAAUAAAUAAUUGUUUCUUGUAACCCGUAUUUGUUGCCACCGGUCCAUUUUUUACGGACAAGACUUAUCUUAUCCAAUAAGCAAAUCAGCUCCUCACUAAUCCGCGUAACAACCGUCUUUCACACUACAAUUUUAAUCAGCAUCAACUGCGCCGGCUGCCGUCGUAGCCGAAUGGUUUGGUGCGUGACUACCGUUCGGCAUGCGGAGUACGUUGGUUCGAAACUCAAGGAAAACAAUUUUAAUCAGCAUCAACUGCGCGGAUAAACCCGAUUAACGCCGCUGUCGUCUGUCUAGGCUAUUACAUUGAGUACUCGAACUCAGUUCUCCAUACAAAGUUUUUUUAAGUAUUUGCUAGUAUUUUUAGCUGCAUUUCGAACUGAAGUACAUUGUUUUAAAUUUGAAAUGUAAAAAAAAAAACCAACAACAAAAAACAAAUGCAAUACCGUUGCUUUUAUGCGCCCAGUCCUUUGUGCAACAUUGUUUUUCAUUUUACAACUUGUUUUUAAUUUAUAUUUUAAACUGUAACAUUCUCUUCUAAAUAAAACAAACAGAACUAAUCGUUCAGCCGACCUUU